AUGGCCGCUGCCCAAGUUUGCCCUGUGGUUGGCACAACCAACACCGUCCUACCACCACAACACCCCGAGUUCGACAUGGACAAGCCUGGUCAGGUGUGUCCCGUCACCAAAGCCACCACGGACCAUCACCACAACCUCCACAAGCAUCCCGGUAUCUUCGACUCGUCCAGCCAAAACCUUGCCAACGCCGAUAACUGCCCUGCGCUCACCAAGAUCGUCAGCCGUCCGGAGCAGCAGGCCAUGGACGAGGCCAUCUGCCCUGUUGUGGGCACUGUCUCCAGUGUCUUGCCUCCACACCAUCCAUCGACGAAGGAUGCAAAAGACGGCGAUGUGUGUCCCGUCACCAACGCCAAGUUUGAGCAUCACAAGAGCAAUGUGCACGAGCACCCCAGCCUUGAGACUGCCCCGAAGGGCGCGGUCUGCCCGGUAGUCGGAAAGCACGCUUGA